AUGGCGGUCCUCCGCUGGCAGUACCUCGAGCUUGUGGAGACGGAGCAGGCGGUCUUCUCAGAGCACGCGGUCGACGGGGAGCACGUCGGCGGCAAGCACGAUGGCGACAAGGACGAGGAGGAGUUCGACAUUGAAGAGUGGGGGCGCAUCAUCCACGACUCCAACGACGACUGCACAGGCCCGAACCCCAUAGGCGAUAAUCCUUCUCUAGCGAUCGAUUUGUCCCGACGCUGUGCAUCCCCGCGGCGGAGGAAUAAUGGCGAGGUAGCUCGGCCGUCUCCUUCCGUUUCUGUUGCUGGGAGUGGAGAUACUGUUUGUAAAUUAACGGACGAGAAGCUGCUUGGAUGGGCUCGGGUGGCGAUGGUAGCAUUGUCUUCUUUGUCGCAUCUGUCCGCCUCUCUUCUUCCAGGUAUUGCAGGCAACCAGUAAUGUCAUAAAAGUGCUCCAAGUAGCCUUUUAUAGUUCCAAAAUUACAGUGAUAAUUUGCUUCAGUUUUCCUGUACCAAUGUUGCGAUAGCAGCAACUUUUCUUAAUCUUUGAGUGCUACUGCUACAACAUAGCAGAUAUUGAGGCUGGCACUGGAUUGAAAAAGAGGAGGAAAAUGGUAGCCAUGAAACUUCUUGCUGGCAACGACCAUUAUCAGCAUGGCGUGCAUGGCUUUGUUGUUGAUAUGCUCCACUUUGGUCUGCAUAGUUAUUUGAUGAUAUGCUAGAUGAAUAUGUGUGAUUUUAUGAGAGGUCAUAGUGUCUAGCUGCAAGUCUGAGCCUAAUCUUACUUCUGCUUCCCCAAAUGACAUGAGAUUGGUAAAUUAUCUAUUCCCAGAGGGAUUCCUUUUUGGCUAGAAGGAUUUAACCAGGCUCAUGCUGACGAUCUACGGCACCAUCGGCUGUGAGACAAGAGCCCACCGGUUACAACAUCCUCUCACUGCCCAAAAUUACUGUCAUCUCGGCAGCAUAAAUCGAUAGCAUGGCUUUUGGAUCUGACUUUUCCUGUGUGCCUGAUGCACCAUGAGGAUUAAA